CAGAGCCAUUAGUUUUCAACUCUCUUUGCUACACUUUCCAUCUUACCGGGGAAUUCUCUCUUGGGUAUCUCUCCUCUUCUUAGCAAGAUGUCCACUACUGUCAGGCAAUACACCUCUUCCUGCUCCAGCAAGGGGGUCAUGAAUUUUGGCGGGGGCUCCUCUCGGCUUUCCUCCAUGCAUCUCGGAGGCGGAUGCAGACCUGGUGGAGCUAGUGGCAUCUCCUAUGUCUCUGGGGUUGGCAGCUCUCUUGGUGGUGGCUAUGGGGGAAGCUACUACAGCAGCAGCUUUGGAGGUGGCUUUGGGGGAGGCUUUGGGGGCGGCUUUGUAGUUGGUGGUGGGGACGGCCUCCUGGCCGGGGGUGAGAAGGAGACCAUGCAGAACCUGAAUGACCGCCUGGCCAACUACCUGGACAAGGUGCGUGCUUUGGAAGAGUCCAACACACUGGCGAAAGGCUGGGAGGGUAAGAUCAGAGAGUGGCAUGAGAGAGAAGCAGCAGCACCUGGUCCAAGACUUGACUACCCUAGCCCAUAUUUCAGGACCAUUGAAGACCUGCGGAGCAAGAUUCUUGCAGCCAGCGUUCAGAAUGCUAGCAUCCUCCUGCAGAUUGACAAUGCUAAGCUGACCGCUGAUGACUUCCGAACCAAGUAUGAGACAGAGGCAGUGCUGCGUGCGAGUGUGGAAGCAGACAUCAAUGGUAUGCGCAGAGUCUUAGAUGAACUCACCCUGUCCAGAUCUGACCUGGAAAUGCAGCUGGAAAAUCUGCAGGAAGAGUUGGGUUACCUGAAGAAGAACCAUGAAGAGGAAUUGACUGUACUCCGAAGCCAGCUGGGGGGAGAAAUCACUGUGGAAAUGGAUGCCGCUCCUGGAGUGGACCUGACCAAGAUCUUGGCGGAGAUGCGUGAACAGUAUGAGGCCUUGGCGGAGAAAAACCGCAAAGACGCUGAGCACUGGUUCUUUACCAAGACCGAAGAGCUGAACCGUGAAGUUGCCAGCAACACCGAACUGUUGCAGAACACCAAGACGGAGAUCACAGAAAUGAGGCGUACCAUCCAAGGCUUGGAAAUCGAUCUCCAAGCCCAGCUUAGUAUGAGAGCGGCAUUGGAAGGCACCCUGGCUGAAACAGAAGCCCGCUAUGGCACCCAACUCGCCCAGAUCCAAGUUCUGAUCACUGGUGUGGAGGAGCAGCUGGCGGAACUGCGGUGUGACAUGGAGCGUCAGAACCACGAGUACAAGGUUCUCCUGGAUGUCAAGACCCGCCUGGAGCAGGAAAUCUCCACCUACCGUCGCUUGCUAGAGGGAGAAGACUUUCACUUUUCUUCCCAGUACUCACAUGGCAAACAAGCACUCUCAACCACCCGUCAAGUCCGCACAAUUGUUGAGGAGGUCCAAGAUGGAAGGGUGAUCUCAAGUCAUGAGAAGGUCCAUGUAUCUGGCCAUUAAACCUGCAGGCUGCCCUGCCUGUCCCUGGAUAUGACCUGCUUUCCCCCUUCACGUGAGGUGUUCCUUUUUUGGUGUUCAGGAUCCCACUUGCUUCCUCAGCACCCAGAUUUCCACAAAUCUCCAAUAAAGCUUUUUCUACAUUUCAUGCAUUCAAA